AUGAGCAGCUCUAUAGUAUUUCUUAAGUGCUAUUUCUGUCAGAAAAGCUACAAUAAAAAUGGUUUAAUUGAUAUGAGUGGCAGUUCGGUGAUGAUAAAUGAGGAAAAAGUUGAAUUUAGGAAUUUAAUUUUUGACACUUGUUUUGUUCGUAUCGACGAGAUAAAGUCCAACUAUAUUUGUUCUGAUUGCAACAAUACUUUGGUUUCAUUUCAUAUGUUUAAGCGCCAUGCCAAAAAAUACUCGAAUUUCCUUAAUUACAUUGACUUACUGGAAGUUCUAUCAAAGUUAGAGAAGUUCCUUGGUUCCUUUGAGGAUAUUUCAACUCUCAGAAUAGCAGAAGGUGCUACAAAAUGGUGUAUACAGAUAGAAAAUGUCAUAGAAUCACCAAAAGAAACAGAAUUAAUUAUUUUUGAUCCAGGAGAAAUGGCAGGUGAUGAUUGUAUGGAUAGAGACGAUGUCAGCAUUGCUGAAAGUGCCAUAAUAACACCUACUGCAGAAAAUGAUUUGAUAAGGUCAGCAGACAACAAAAAAGACGAAAAUGAGGAAGAAAUUCAGCAAUUAGACGAUAUUCAAACAGAAUUGGAAAUUGAUGUCUUAAAAUCGAAAAAAAGGAAGCUCAACACACUUAAUGAUCUUGAUAAAGACCAAAUAGAAUGGAUUAGAGAACAAGUUAUUAAUAGUGAUUUUAUUAAAGGAAGAAAGAAGGUCUUUAAAUGUCCACAAUGUCAAGUUGUUCUAUGCACACAAGCAAGCUUAAUUAGACACCUACGAGACUUGCAUCUCCUUAAAAAUCUACAAAACGAGAAAGCAAUCUUAAAAGAAGAAGUAAAUAAUAGCAAAUUAAUAAUAGACACAGAAAAUGGUCAGCAAAUAGUCUUUAAAUGCUCAAGAUGCAAACGUGACAGAAUUUAUAAGUCAGAGCAAUCAUUUAAGCUGCAUUUUCGUAUGAAUCACAUUCACGUCAAAAAAAUCGAUGCAUCAUUCAUUGCCAAUUGUAAAACUACAACAAUGAUUGAGAAUGAAGGAAUGAAGGAUGUUUGGAAGUGUCCAGAAUGUUCAAAAACAUUUAGAUAUCGUGAUGGAUUAAGACAUCAUUUGAAAAGUGUCCAUCUUAGCAAUUUUGAUGAGACAAAAGGUGAUUUGAAUCAUGCAGCAGAUAGAAGCAUUCAGGAUAUAUCAAGGCUGACUGAGAAGGUCCAAAAUAAAAAUGUCAGUAAAGGUGAAAAUUUCUGCAAUGAAUGCGGUGUAAAGUUUAUGCUGGCUAAGCAUCAUGUUAAACCAAAGAUUCAUCAAGAAUGUCAUGAAAUUUUUAAGAAGCUAGCUCCAAAUAUGCCUCAUUAUAGAUGUGACAGAUGCCGGAUAAUAUUUAAUUCUGAAAGUUCGCUUUUUGAGCAUCUGGAAAUCCACAAUAAUCCAGAAUUAAUUAAUUCAAUCCCAACAGAAGGAUUGAUCACUUUUGGUGCUUCAUAUUAUAAGGAAGCAGUUGGCGACGCUGAUGAAGCCUGUUUAGACGAAGCUGUAUGGAAAUGUGGACAUUGUUCUGUUAGAUACUUUGAUGAGAAUGACUGUGUUGCUCAUCAGUUACUGCUACAUUCAGAGACAAUUUAUUGCUUUGUUGAUAAUCGGGAAUUUCAAGGACUUUCUGGUUUAAGUAAAUAUUUACAACACAUGAAAAACAAACAUCCAGAAUUUUUUCCUAACAUUUCGUACUCGUGUAGCUGUAAAAUGGAAUUCCCGACUAUAUAUGAGAAGCUUGGUCAUCAAAAGGUGUGUUCCUUGAAGAUAUUUGAGUGUGAUUAUUGUACUAAACGAUAUUCGACAAAACAUCAACUUCAAGCUCACAUUCUAUUUGAAUUGGGAAUUACCGGAUUCUCUUGUGAAGCAUGUGGAAAGAAAUGUAAAACUAUCAGUGACCUUAAAAUACACCAAAAUACUCAUACUGGAUUACGUCCAUACUUGUGUACUCUCUGUGAAAAGAGCUUUAAGACCCCAGCAGCAAGAUCCAGUCACAUGGAGAAGCAUCUUCUUGAGGGAGGAAUAACUUGUGAGAUCUGUAAUGCCAAAUUAACCAAUAGAACACUUUAUCAACGACAUAAGCGGUUUCAACAUGAUCAGGAAUUUAGAGACAGUCAAUAUGAGAAAAAUACAUGCGAACUGUGUGAUAAGUCAUUCCUUAGAACGUCGCAUUUUAAGCAGCAUUUAAAACAACAUCAUUGA